GGCGUGCGGGCACGAACGGAGGAGGCGAUGGAGGGUCCGCCGAAAGCGAGCACGCGGCGGCGGCGGCUGGUGGAGAGGGGAUCCGAUCGCCUCGCCUUCAUCACCGGCCAGGCGAGCGUCCUCCCCCCCUCCGACCCCUACCCAGAUUCACCACCUAGUUCUACUCCUUCACCUCAGCUGUCUGAUAGGAACUUCCAGAAGUCAGAACGUCAUGUGCUCCCUGAAAUUCAGCCAACCGGUGAGUCCCUUCAACAAAAACCCAAGCAUAAAGCCCAUAGCAGCGAAGGCGACAUACUCCAGCAUUUCAAGAUCAGCAGCGCUGUUCCUGAGAUUCAGCCAGUAAAUGAACCACUGUUGCGAACCCGUGAUGAUGGAGCCCUCAGAAAGAAGACUAGUGAUCAUGGAGCAGCGAGCGCGCAGCCUAUUAGGGAGAUGGAAACGAGACCCAGAUCUGUGCCUCCACACCAGUCGAACCAACCAGACAACUCAUCUUGGUCUCUGGAAACUCUGAAGGAACUCGUGGAUUUCUCGCCGCAGGAGCUUACCCAGGCCAUCUCCGCUACAGAGUUCAACCGCCUCCUGGCAUCCAUUCUCAUCGCCUUUAUAGUGGUUCUCUCAAAUUGGGGACUGGAUGUUGGUGGCAUCAUCACCAGAGUACUAGUCGGGACACGGCCGCUCCUGUUUCUUAUAAUAACCAACAUAACCCUCGUCAUUUCCUUCAUGAUGGAGAACAAGGACGCGAGGGGCAGACAGGUCGCUGGCGGCCUCGGCUCUGCUGACAGCUUGAUGCUGAUGCUGGAGGUUGGGACGCUGCUACAGAAAGCUUCUGGGGCUCUGCUUAUUGAUGUCAGCGUCUGCGCUGUUAUCAUGAUCUGCUUCCUUGGAUUCUGAGAGAGAUUUGAUCGUCGCUUUUCUGUUUUCUUGCUUUCGGAGAAGAGGAUUUAGAUAGCUCGCGGAAUCUCUUGUAAAAGUUGUUUCCUCUUUUGUCCAUAGUACUCUGAUGUCUACUUAUUCGAUCUUGUAACGUCCUCUUUGGAUGAUCUCAAAAAAAAAAUCCUCUUUAGCGGAAUUUUGAUUUACCUAGGUACUGUUUUGUGAGUAUAUCUGCUUAUUA